UAGCUGCAACCUUUUGUUCGAAACGACGAGUUUUAACGACUUGGUUCACACGCACGCACUUUCAAUCUUCUUCUUCUUCUUCUUUUCUGCAACUUGCAACACAACAAAAACCGUGCCAACUUCUCAAUUCAAUCACGGAAAGAGAGAAAUAGACAGAGAAAGAAAGAGGCUGAUCGAUUCAGUUGGAAGAAGGAACUGUUUGUCACUGACAAUUUGGUUCCAUUGAAGAUGAGGAUCGACUUGGAUUCCAUCGCUCGCAGAGUCGAAGUUGACAAUCGCAUUCCCCUUCGUUAUUACUAUCGCAUCGCCGAUAACCUCCUCAAGCAGGCAAGUAUCUACCGGCAGGAGAACAAUAUAGUUGACUUGUAUAUCAUACUUCUUAGAUUUUCAAGUUUGGUUUCUGAGACUAUACCAUACCAUCGAGAUUAUCAAGCUUCACUUCAUAAUGAAAGAGCAGCAUAUAAGAAGAGAUUGCUAGCUGUAAUAGAUGAGCUUGAAGCAUUGCGGCCUGAAUUUAAACUCCUUGUGAACAAAUUGAAUAAUUCACAUCUUGAAGCUCCAUUGCCUGGAGAAAACAGCUUUAAUAUGGCUUUGCCGAGUUCAGCAAAUUCGUCCUUGGAAUGGCCUCCUGUCAAUAAAAGCUCUAACUCCCCCAUGGAUUUUCGACAGUCUGCUGGAUUGGGUUCACACUCUUCAUGGAAAUAUAACAAUAAUGUCUCAUUUUCAAAUUCCAUCCCCAUUGACAAGCAGUUUCAGAAACUAUCCCUUAGUGUACCUCCUCCAAAGAAGGAGACUUUGUCUAGACACUCAUUCUUAGGGCCAAGUGGUCUUCGGGGCCAAUGGCUUGGACCUAGUGCAGAAAUUAAGGUUCAAUAUCCAAGCAGUACUGAUCUGACACACGUCAAAGAUUCAAGCUUGAAUCAGGCUGGGCAAUAUGAUCUUGUGGCAAUUAAAGAAUCGGAUCAAGGACCAGCUGCAUCCACAAUGAACUCAGUUCUCUCAUUGGAUGACGGAAGAUGGUCGCAUCCUGCUGUUGAGUCCUGUUCUCCUGUUGUAACUGAAUCAAGGGAGGACUCCUUCCAGUUGCUCAAACAACCUUUGCCACCUCCUGUUCUUGCUCAGGUGUAUCCCGAGUCUUCUCCCAUUCCUCCUUCAAAAGUUGCAGAUCCAAGGCCUGGACCAGCUAAAUCUUCUCAGGAUUCUGGACCUGGUCCCAGUACAUACCAACACCUACAUAUUCCUGUGAAAAUGAUGGAAGAUUUUUUGAGACUGGCUUCCGAAAACACACGGAAAAACUUAGAGACAUGUGGUGUUCUUGCAGGGUCCUUGAAAAACAGGGUUUUCCAUAUCACUACACUUAUUAUCCCAAAGCAGGAGUCAACUUCAGACUCGUGUUCAACAUUGAAUGAAGAAGAAAUAUUUAGUUCAGGACAGCUUAUCACUCUUUCUUUUAGGCUGGAUACAUACACACCCAUCACAAACUUGUUUCAUGUCAUCCGUGGACCUGCACACCCAUUACUCAUACCAGAUAAUGUUACCGGAGGCAAUUGCAAUUGUCAUGGCUCCUACAGAUACAACAAGUCCACAUGGCAUAUUUCAUCUAUCCGAUCCAGGGGGUGUGUCUGUAAUUCGUAACUGCCAACAACGAGGAUUUCAUCCCCAUGAGGAGCCUUCGGAUGGAAGUCCAAUCUACGAGCACUGUUCUCAUGUCUAUAUGAAUGCUAAUUUGAAGUUUGAUGUUGUUGACCUGAGAGAGAGAUGAUAAGUUAGUGUCUCUUCACAGAUCACAAGUAUAGUGGACACACGCACGCCAUGUUGAAAGUUGCAUGGGUAUUAUUAUUAGUAGAUUCUUUUGUAUCUAUGAACUGAGAUAGAGAAUACCAAAUUUAUCAAUUCCCAACCCCAUGAUUUUGUAUUAUACGAGUUAGAAGAUAGUGAUUUUGUAUUACACAGGUGAAGAAGUGAGAAGUGUAACAUGGAUUUGUUAUUGUUAAUAUAACAUUUUCAUCUGUGCUUAGUUAUUGAUAUAUGCCACCAUGGCUACUAGCAGAACCGAAGUGUAUUAACAAGAUAGAUAUGUUUAUCAUGAUUCAUGAAUUUUGCUACAACUAAUAUUUAAACGGGAUUGGGCCCACUCCUAAGAGGUUGUGAUUACUCAUCAA